GCUAGUCAUGCGCAGAACGUUUCCGAACGUCCGAAAGUUACUUCUGUCUGCACAACAUGUGCAAGUUACGCUCAACUAGUACACACUCGAAAACGCUAUGUUUUAUCUUGUUUAUCGGACAAAUUUCCCAUUUUCAAACUAUGACGGCACUUAAGAAUUGUUAGGAAGGGUCUCCGGACCAAAAUGGCUGGCGAAAUGGUGUGCGAACUUUGUGGAAAGAGCGGCGUUUUGAGCCACAUGUCGAUAUUUCAGCUCAACUUCGGAGAAGCUGUUUUACUCUGUGAAAACCCCGAGUGUGUUUUCCCGCUGCUCGGAGGGAGACUUGAGAACUACAUAAUCCAGAGAAAGGCUUCAGAAAUGUCGAACAUAAAGAGGAAGAAGAAGAAAAAACAGUCGUCUUUAAAGCAGAAAUUAGAUGCUGUUGGGAUUCCUGGUCGACAAGAACCGUGUGCAUCCUCUAAGGAGGGUGCCAGUACGUGCUCAUUGAAAUCAACCAGCUCAUUACCAAAGGCACCAUCCCCUUACUCUGGGAACAAGUUUUUGGAAGUCUGUGACUCUUUGAGCGAUGUCCCUAUGGAAACUGAACAUUGUUCUUUUGAGGAAUAUAUUCAGUGGUGUAACAGUAGCGCUCUCUGCUGGCUUGAUUGUGUCUUGAGUUUGUUGGUUUUUAACAAGAGUAUAAAGACUCUAACUUCUAAGAUAAGCUCAUCCGGUUCUAGACUAGCAACCCUACAGGAAACCUACACAAAGGCUUUGGAUAUUAUGCACAUGGAUCAAAACAAAGCAAACAACCUCUUGGGUGAUGUUCGGCAAUCAUUGUGGGACUACUUGAAGCCUAAAAUGAAAUGCAAGCUGGGUGUUAAUGAUUCGCCGGUCUUUGCACUUCCGCUUAUCCUCAGGGAGAACUCUGUUACAAGUCAAACUUGUCUGCAAGAGUACACUUGGCAGUUCCAUUGUAACGAAUGUGGAUUUUCGGAAGCUAUAAGGAGAAAGAAACAUGUCGUCACAGUGCCAAACACGCCUGGUGACUUUACCCUCCCAGAAGCCACCUUUGUCAAGACCUGCCCCAAGUGUGGCUCUCGUUCACAGAAAUCCAAUCUAGUCUAUGACAAGGCGCCCAGUGUUCUCUUUCUGCACUUGGUUGAGGGGCUCAGGUCUGAGGGUUACCAUGACAACGAGUUUAACAUUCUCGACCAGCGAUACAGGGUGACUCAGUUCAUACAGUACAAGCACAACCCUGACCACUUUGUUUGCUGGACCAAGCAGAACAAUGGGUCCAAAUGGAUGGAACUAGAUGAUUUGAAAUCCUCUGUGUGUACGUGGUCUCAUGAUAUCCCUACUGUACCUCCCUCACAAGUACAUAUUCUGGUAUGUGAGCCAUUAGAAAAAGAUACCUUACAAGCUUUUGUGGAGCCUUCUAUGGAGGUGGUGUCAGAAGUCGAAGUGGAGGUAUCAGAGGAUGAUGACAGUCUUGCUGAUACUAAUAGUCUUCCAAAGAAAGAUACUCAAGUUUUGUCUAUGGAUUACAGCAAAGAUACUCAGCAAGAAUUGUUAAUGCCAUCUAAGAUACCAUUUGUGCCCCCAAGGUGCGGCUCGGUGGUCAAUACCCAGCCAAAUUCAACUCUAUUCGGUAAAAACAGUGUUUUGGAACCACACGUAAAUAGAACAUUACCAUUAUCCAAUCAACCUUGCACAGUAUUGAAAACACACAUAAAUAGAACAUCACCAAUAUUGGUACAACAUGACAAGAAAGCAAACUCUGCUGCAGAAGUGGUAGACUCUACCGUCUUGGAUGAAUUAUCUUCUAGUGCUACUAAACCAGUCUCCAAUCUGUCCUUAUCUACAACUCCAAAGAAUGAUUCAGAAACUCAAAAUAAACACUCACUGAAAAUUCCCCUUGAGGCAAUGGUUACUACCGAACAAAUGGACUCACCAAAAAUUCCCUUAACCAUGAAGGUUGCUAGUCAACAAAUGGACUCACCAAAAACUCCCUUAACCAUGAAGGUUACUAAUGAAAUAGUCACGAAGAGAUCUACAAUGGUGUCCCAGCUAUCAAAGAAGCAUCGUCUCAGCAAAAACCACUUUGAACCGUACGUACCAAAAAAGCAAAGGCUUUCUAGUACAAAGGGUGAUGUUUCUCAGGCCGAUGCUCCAGGGGCAAAAGGUGUAUGGCAGGCCAUUACAGAGCACAAGGCUCUUCAAGGUGUUAUCAUUGACGAUGGUCAGAGUGACAGUGGUUAUUCUAGUCCAAGUUCUGUUGGAUCAGUGGGCUCUUGUUCCAGUUUGGGACCACAACUUACCAUUGAAAACAGGAAUAGGCUACAUCCCUUGGACUCAGCGCUAGAGAGUAUCAAUGAAUUGAAGACGGGUGAUAUUGUAGCCGAGUUUGAGGCCUUGUUAGAUGAUAACAUCCUUUGUCAGAGGUCUCCAUCUCCCCUUGGCCAAAACCUAGGCCUUAGACCAGCAAAUGAUAAUGAAGAUUACUUACUGAGUUUAGUUCAGUGAUUUAAGCCCCUCUGUCUGUCCUUUUAUGUACUUGAGAUAUUCCCAAAAUAGUGUUACAAACCAUGGAGAAAAUGUCAAUAAUUUCAUUUUAAAAAUACAACCAAAUAUUUUCUGCUUCAUCUUGACAUUUCUGGUUCCUUGAUCAUUUUAAUUGUUAACUUUACCAUCUUUUCUCAAAUACAUGUUUCGAUAGCACCCAAUUUUUAAAGAGUGCCCCAAUAAAUCAGAAAAUAUGCCCCCCUUCUUCUAGCAUGCUCCUCCCAGUCUGCUGUGCCUAGUUGUGGCCCCCAUCGUUAUUUUGACUGUGCUGGUUGGCAUCAAAACGAUAUGGUCCCAUUGUACUUGGCACAGGGUGCCCUCACCCAAAAAGUAAAAAUCACCCACUCAAAAAUAGAAGUAUUCUUUGGAUCUAAUACUUGAAAUAAAGAAAUAACAUAUAUUUGUA